ACCAGCUACCGUACUCCCAUCCACCUCUCAUCCCAUCCCAUCCCUUUCUUCUACAGAAAGAUAUCUGGUCUUCGCAGUACACCGCGACAGAAGAUCUGUCUUCCACUCCGACCGUUGUACUACUCUUCUGCGGAGAUGGUCAACUUUGUCAAUUAGCAUUCUUUUGUAAUUCUCUUUUCUUCCCUUUCCACACGACGGAUAUCUGCCAUACCAUACCAGACCAUUUUCUCCCCUGUCGAACCACCAUACGAAUCCGAAUCCCGUCCACUUUGACGAAGAGAGAGACUCGGAGUAAACUGAUUUUAUAACAUCUGCGGAUUCGAUUACGAGGAUUUUCAAUCUAUUUAGUGUCUGAUUGACGCUGUGCCAACAUGGCUACCAUGGAGCAGGGUGUUGCGACAGGUGCGGACUUUGAUAACGCUACUCGCCGUCGAAAUGUUCCUUCAAUAUCAAAUGGGGAAGUCGCAGAGAGAGUAGAGCUGGAUGAGAAGAAGACCCAGAUUAAGAAGGUAUGCCAUCACAUAGCAAGUCCUGGCAACUUUUCCAGAGCUACUGCAGAGCCCUGAUUGGCAAACAUCAUACUAACAGGGGCACCUACAGAAGGAACAAACAUUUAUCCAAUUCCUGGACGAGUGGGAAUUCCUCAUCGCGCCACUUCUUUUCACAAUCCUUGCUUUCUUUACGAGGUUAUACAAGAUCGGACUUUCCCCAAUUGUAACGUGGGAUGAAGCUCAGUAUGAAUUCCCCUUGUCUCUCAGCCUUACCUUGGCAAAAUACUAAUAGCAGAUGUAUAGUUUUGGUAAAUUCGGUUCCCAUUACCUCAAGCGCGAAUUCUACUUCGAUGUCCACCCUCCUCUCGGAAAGAUGCUCGUUGGAUUGUCCGGAUACCUGGCAGGAUACAAUGGUUCGUUCGAAUUCAAGUCUGGCGAGAAAUACCCAGAAGAGGUCAACUACACUUUUAUGCGAGCUUUCAACGCCUUUUUCGGCGCCGUCUGCAUUCCCAUGGCCUACUUUACCGCUCGUGAAUUGAACUUCAAGAGACCCGCUGUGUGGUUCGUUACACUGAUGGUUCUUUGCGAAAACUCGUACACCACCAUUUCUCGAUUUAUUCUCCUGGAUUCCAUGCUCUUGUGCUUUACUUUUACGACUGUCUUGUGCUGGGCUAGAUUUCAUCGUCUGCAAAAGCAAAGCUUCAGCCCGGAAUGGUUCCUCUGGUUGGUCUUGACUGGAAUGAGUAUCGGGUGUGUUUGCAGUGUUAAAUGGGUUGGUUUCUUCGUUACAGCUAUGGUUGGUAUCUAUACCGUUGAGGAUUUAUGGAACAAAUUUGGUGAUACUAAGAUGCCAAAGGUAUGUAGUUUGGAAUAUUUUGGUUGAUCGAGAACUAACCGGAUUUUAGCUUGAUCUUGCUACUCAUUUGGCUGCUAGAAUUCUUGGUUUGAUUGUCAUUCCAAUCAUUGUCUACAUGCUUUCAUUUGCCAUUCAUUUCCUUAUUCUGGAAAACAGUGGUCCAGGUGAUGCUCAGAUGAGCUCUCUUUUCCAAGCCAAUCUCAGAGGUACCGAGGUCGGAAAGGACAGUCCUCUUGAAAUUGCCUACGGUUCUCGAGCAACUAUCAAGAAUAUGGGUUAUGGUGGUGGAUUACUUCAUUCUCACGUUCAAACCUACCCUGAAGGCUCAACUCAACAACAAAUCACAUGUUAUCACCACAAGGACUCCAACAACGAAUGGUGGUUUUACCCAAACCGUGAACAACCAGAGUACAACCCAGAGGGCGAACUCAAAUAUGUCGCCGAUAAAGAUGUCAUUCGAUUGAUUCACUCUCAAACUGGCCGUAACCUCCAUUCUCAUGAAGUCGCUGCUCCAGUCACCAAAGCUGAUCGUGAAGUUUCAUGUUACGGAAAUACUACCGUUGGAGAUGAGAAAGACCACUGGACUGUUGAAGUUGUCAAGGAUGUUGCGUCAAAUGACCGUACCAAGCUUCGAACUUUGACUACCGCUUUCAGACUUAGACAUACUGCUCUUGGAUGUUAUCUUAGAGCUGGUAAUGUCAACUUGCCACAAUGGGGUUUCAAGCAAAUCGAAGUCACAUGUGUUAAGGACAACAGACCAAAAGAUGUUUACACCCAUUGGAACGUGGAGGCUCAUUGGAAUGAUAAGCGUAAGUAAUUUGCAAUUCCAUGAUAUUGCAUGCAUGCUAAUAUUUAAUAGUUCCUGCUGCCGAUGCUGGAGCAUAUAAAUCUCCUUUCUUACAAGAUUUCAUUCAUCUUAAUGUUGCUAUGAUGACAUCUAAUAAUGCUCUCGUCCCUGAUCCGGAUAAACAAGAUGAUCUCGCCUCUCAAUUCUGGCAAUGGCCAAUUCUGAAUGUUGGUCUGAGGAUGUGUGGAUGGGACGAUUCAAUCGUAAAAUACUUCCUCCUCGGUAACCCCCUCGUCUACUGGGGAUCCACUGCCUCCCUCGGCAUGGUCGGCCUCAUGGUCCUCUGGUACCUCAUCCGCUGGCAACGAGGCUACGAUGAACUCAAACAGAGUGAUAUCGAUCAAAUCCACUACGCAGCUCUCUACCCUAUCCUCGGAUGGGUUCUGCACUACAUUCCUUUUGUUGCGAUGGCGCGUGUGACGUACGUGCAUCACUACUACCCCGCGCUCUACUUUGCCAUCCUCGCCUUUGGCUUCGUGGUCGAUUGGAUGACGAGGUAUCAGGUUAAGCCGGUGCAGUAUGUUGUCUAUGGGGCGUUGUAUGCCGUGACGGUGGGCUUGUAUGUUUUGUUCAUGCCGAUUUCUUGGGGCAUGGUGGGGCCGAAUCGGCAGUAUUCUUACUUGAAGUGGUUUGAUGCUUGGAGGGUUACGGAUUAAGUCACUAGAUGGGGGCUAGGGGGAAAUGGGAAAGGGGAAAGGCAAUUUCUUCUGCUUUUCGGUCAGGAUGGGAUUUUUAAAAGAGAUGUAGUUGUUGUUUCUUAGGGCUUGGGUUGCCUUGACUCUGAUAGGGGAAUAGAGGGGGGGGAACAAGUGAGUGAGUGGGGGAAAUAAAUUAGUGAG